AUGGCGGUGCUCGCCCGGGCCCUGGUCACGGCCAAAUGGCUCGCGGAGGCCGUCCGGGCCCAGCGGGUCGGGCCCAGCCUGCGGGUGCUGGACGCCUCGUGGUACCCGCCUCAGGAGCGAAACGCCCGGCAGGAGUUCAGGGAGAGACACAUCCCCGGAGCCUCGUUUUUUGACAUUGAGGAGUGCAGGGAUAAGUCUUCCCCGUACGACUUCAUGCUGCCCAGCGAGGCCCACUUCGCCGACUACGUGGGGCACCUGGGCAUCAGCAACGACACCCACGUGGUGGUGUACGACGGYGACAAGCUGGGCACCUUCUACGCGCCCCGCGCCUGGUGGAUGUUCCGGGUGUUUGGGCACAAAGAGGUCUCUGUGCUCAACGGCGGCUUCAAGAACUGGGUGAAGGAGGGUCACCCCGUGACCGCAGAGGUGAGCCCGCCGGCGCCGGCUGUCUUCAAGGCCACGCUGGACAAAGCCCUGGUGAAGACCUUCGAGCAGAUGGUGGAGAACCUGGAAUCCCGGCGCUUCCAGGUGGUAGAUUCCCGCCCRGAGGGCCGAUUUCGAGGGAUUGAACUAGAUCAAGGGCUGGAAUCUGGUCACAUCCCCGGUUCUGUGAACAUGCCAUUCCACUCAUUCCUAACAGAAGCUGGCCAUGAGAAGAGUMUGGAGGAGAUUCAGCAAAUGUUCCAGGAGAAGAAAAUUGAUCUCUCGAAGCCGCUGACUGCCACUUGCCGCAAAGGGGUUACGGCGUGCCACAUUGCCUUGGCAGCCUACCUGUGUGGCAAGCCUGAUGUGGCUGUUUACGAUGGUUCCUGGUCAGAGUGGUUCCAUCGUGCCCCACCACAGCACAAAGUCUCUGAGAUGAAGCGCAACAAGGCCUAGAAGGAAAGUUACUGUCUUGGGCAAUGAGAUCUAGCAGCUAUCUCCAGGCCCACAGUACAGGGAAAGAAAGGGAGUGGAAAUACAGGGAAAACAUCC